AACACGUCUCUACGCUGCAGAGAAUGUUUACACCCAUAAAAAAUUUCAUAACAUAUAUACAAAAGAAUGCAAAUUUUGGAUCAUCGAAUACCACAUCAGCUAGCAGUAGUGAAGAAAAUAACAAAAUGGAAGCAAAAAAUAAAAUAAAUUCACAAAAUUCAUCCGAAAACAUAGAAAUUGGUGGUGAAUGUUUACCAACAAAGCAAACUAACGAAGUUCAUCAUAUUAAUGGAGAAUCGAAUAAAGAUCCAACAGUACUUACAUUGUCAUCCGCCUCAACCUCCUUAGCAAAAACAUCACCUGCAAAAAGUAUGGAAACUAUAACAGUGGCUUGUGAUGAUCCUGAUGAUGUUGUUGAUGAAUACGAAGAUGAUGACGACGAUGACAUUGAGUCACAAAUCGAAAGUAGUAUUAUGUUAAAGAAGCCAGUCAAAGAUGGCAGCAAUAAAAAUAGUGAAAUACUCGAAGUUAAAAAAUCACCCGACCGUAGUAUUGUUAUUGGUCAUGACUGUGGACGGCGAACAAUGAUUGUUGCCUCGCCCAUUGACGAUGAAUUGGCAGAUUUUCGUCAUGCUCCCUCAGAGGUAAUAAUAUCAUCGCCUCUCAAUAAUCAUAGAGAUGAUGAAGGCGAUAUACAGACAUCGGCGAAUGAUAAGAACACUUGGAAAAAGCAAAUUAUUGAAAAUAGUAAUGGCCAUAAUCUUAGCCAACAAGAAGUAGAAAUGGUGAUGGUGGUGGGAGGAAAUGAAAAGGCCAAUGGUCAUGAAUCCAUAUUAAUAUCGGAUACAAGUGACAAUGAAAAAUGUAAUCAAAGCGCAGAGAAAAUUAUUCUCUUGGAUUCGGAAUUUGAAGAUGUUGAGGAUCGAGCAGAAACUCUGUCAUCGGUUUCAGCGGAUGAGCGCGAAGCCGAAGAGGAUGAUUCAGAUGAAACAUUUUUAGAUUUAGAUAAUUUUCCAGUUCCAGAUAGUGAAGUUAUUGUCAUCAGUGAAAAUACCCAAGAAAAUAGCGAUAUGAUGCGUAUCGAAUCCUCAGAUGCUGCCAAUACAAGUGAUGAUCCCUUAGCCAUUGCCUGUGAUGAACAGGAAGCAUUUGCUGCCGAUAAAAUGACAGCAUUGAAAGAACUGAAUUUACUCAAUACAUCGGCCAAUUCGCAAGAUGAAGAUACAACAACUACAGCAGAUGAUGAGAUGAUUUGGUUAAGAAAUGAAACGGUGACAACAACAGCGGCGAAACGUAACAAUGAACAACAACCAUCGUGUAGUAGUAAAAGUCCACUCAACAUUUUGUCGAAUGGACCAAAUUCCGUCACACCCGAAAAGGAUGAACGAAACGGAGAAGGUUCCGAUUCUGGUUUGGGUAGUGAAACUUCAGCUUUGCAUACAACAAAUACCAGCAUUGUAGAUACUAGCCAUUUAAAUAUGAACUCAUCAUCGGUGGUGGCCACUCCGGUCAGCUCGCCCCAUGUUCAAUUGUCCAAAACUAAAGACAAGGACAUCAGCAAUGAAGUGAUAAAGACGUUGCCAACAACGACGACACCCACCAAACCAUUACGUUCAAAUUUGAAACGUCGUUUGGAAAUGGAUCACGAUAAUGACGUCGUGGAUUCCAUAAGGAAUAUUACCUCAGCAGCGUCGUCCACAAGUACAAGCACAUCAUCAUCGUCGUUAAGUGGAAAUGCAAAUAAGAAACCAAAGCGUUCGAUUAAUUUCGAUACCGUACAAGUCUAUUAUUUCCCCCGACAACAAGGAUUCAGUUGUGUGCCUUCAGCGGGCGGUUGUACUUUGGGUAUGGGUGCACGGCACGUCGGCUUUAAGACUCUCACCCUGGCCGAACACGCUGCCGAACUGAGACGUGCUCACCGUUUGCAGCUGCAGGAAAUCAAUCCCCGCGGUUCUUCCAGUGACGAUAGCGAAGAAUCUGAAGAGGAUUAUCUUAGUGAGGGUAGUGGUUCGGAUCUUGAUGGCGAAUCAAAUGGUUUCCUACAACCCGUGUCGCCCAAACAAAGGCGCACCAUACUAAAGGCAGCCGGAGUGCGAAAAAUCGAUGCCAGUGAAAAGGCCGAAUGUCGUGAUAUACGCAAUAGUCGUGAGGUGUGCGGUUGUUCGUGUCGGGAAUUUUGUGAUCCCGAAACAUGUGCAUGUGCACAGUCUGGCAUCAAAUGUCAAGUGGAUCGUGAUAUGUUUCCCUGUGGUUGUACUCGAGAUGCUUGCGGCAAUACCAUUGGUCGGGUGGAAUUCAAUCCGGCUCGUGUGCGUACACAUUUCAUACACACACUAAUGCGGCUGGAAAUGGAAAAUCGUCAGCAACAAAAUCCCUAUACACCUGCCGGCGCUGUUAUAUCCACAGCCACUGUGAAUUCGUCUUCGUAUUAUCAGUCACACUUGCAGCCACAAUCAAAUUAUAGUUCAGGUUAUGCAUCGCCAGCUUAUAAUCCAGGUGCGGAUAUGCAUCAACAAAAUGCUGCCCAGCAAUUUUAUCAACACCAUCAUCAUCAACAGCAACAGCAACCAACAACAUCGGGAAGUGCAUCAUUGUAUGGUAGUGCAGUUGGGCCAACAUCAAUGGAAAUAUCUCAUACGGUAACAUCUUCCACAGCAGCAUCGUAUGGCAUGGAUAAUAUGGACAGUAGUGGUAUGUUCAGUACGGCGGGAACUAGUGUCACACCCUCAUAUGGUGAACUAAUGCCAGUGACAUCAUAUCAUCCACAUCAUAAUAUGAACUAUGGAAAUGUGCAGGAAUCCCAGAUGUCCGGAUACAAUUCCUAUCACAAUAAUGCCACACCAUAUAUAAACACAAAUGCCCAAAGCACAAAUAUAAAUGACAACAACACUCCAAUUCCAACAUAUAGCUCAUGUUCGAUACCAUCUUUACCACCAUAUGGCACGGCAACAACAACUGAAUGCUCCUCAUCGUCGUCGACCACUUAUCAUGAUGAUGGUGGUGUUAGCAGCCUAACAACAUUGGAUACAACAACGGCGUCAUCUUCCUAUACAAAAGCUGUCGUCGCACAAACAACACCCACAACUGCACCACUAAUGGACAACACUAACUGCGGCACCGCCAAUGAUGUUGCUGCUGCAGGCUUUGUCGAUUUAACAACCAAUGAUGUUACUGCUGCUGCUGGCGGGACAAGUUUUAUCGAUUUAACAACUCCCCCGGCAAGUUCCUCGAGAUUAACACAACAGAUUAAUGAUUUAUUAGAAAAUAAUCGUAAUAACACCACGGCAUUAGUGGCCGUUACACAAAAUAAGGGUAUUGAUUAUGAAAGUGGUAGUACUACAAAUAAAAAUGAUGAUGUGGUGGCGGUGGUUCCAGAUUUGAUGAAUGGUGGUAUUGGCGAGGAGGUGACCACGACGACGACAUCUUCGGAACCUUUGUUACCCACAAAUAAUAGUGAAUUGUCGAUUAGUGCAACUCCAAAUAUUGAAGAUGUUAAUAACACACAGGUUUCUGCAAAUUUACAAACAGCAUUACCUCCCUUAAAGCCGCCAACUAUUGUUGCUGCGACGUCGGGGACGGCGGUGGAUAAUGAGGAAGCUGGUCCAGAAAAAUUACCAGCACCUCCACCAUCAUCCCCACCACCACCAGUAGUAACAGAAAAGGUGGAGGAUAAGAAAAUGGAGGAUGAGGAGCAAAAACAAGAAUCAUUACCAUUAGAUUCCAUGGAGGAGGAGGCUCCAAAAGCUGUUGAUGCCGCCACAGAGAAUAAACCAGAACCAAUGAUAGAUUUAACAAAGGGAUCUGUGGUAUCACCAACAAAUGAAAAAGAAAUUGCAGCGGAUGAUGUCAUAGAGGAAAUGGAUACAACGGAAACAAUAACAGCAACAGAAACAUUGGGAAAUGAAACGAGAGAAAAUAAGGAUACGACUGAAAGGGCCACGGCAGCAGCAGUGGAACCCCAAGCAGAACUAGAAAAUGAAAACCCCGCCGUUGAAACAUCAACAACACCUUCCUCAGCAGCCGAUGUUGCUUCAUCCCCCUCAACGACAGCCCGGGAAGUAACAGUGGCCGUUGGUAAUUAA